AUGUUGAUGAAGACUACCUUGGCCGCCCUUUUGGGUUUGGCCGUGGCUGCCGAGGCGGCUUCUGUUAGCCAGAUCCGGUCGCCCAUUGCUUUCGAGAGACGACAGAACAACAAUAAUGGCAAGAACAACAAUAAUGCCAAGAACAACAAUAACAACAACAACCAGAACAAUAACAACGCCAAUGCGGUCACCACCUUGGACCCGGCUGUCAUUCAGACCGGUUCGCAGUCCACGGGUCAGAGUGGUGCCGUUGCCGCCGAUGGCCAGGCCAACUCGGCUACCGACAAUGCCAACUUCAUCAACUUCUGCAAGGGCCAGACUCUGACCAACGGACUGCAACAAAAGCAGGGCUCUUGCAACGGCAUCGUCAUGGGCAAAAUCCCGGCCAACACAAAGAUGGUCUCGACCGUCAUCACGAACCCCAAGAACAACGAUGUCGUUCAGGAGAACCAGACUUUCAACAUCAACCUCCAGAUUGCCAACUUGGCUGCCGGCUCCUUCACCAACGCCACCAGCACAUACUAUUCGGCCCCUCAAGACUUGAACGGAGCAGGUCUUAUCAUCGGCCAUACCCACGUGACAGUCCAGGACACAGGAGCCUCGCUGAACCCCACGACACCGCUCGAUGCUCAGCAGUUUGUGUUCUUCAAGGGAAUCAACGACGCCGGCGAUGGCAAGGGUGGCCUCAGCGCCGUGGUCACUGGUGGACUCCCUGCCGGCAACUACCGUGUCUGCACCAUGUCCAGCGCGUCCAACCACCAGCCUGUAUUGAUGCCCGUUGCCCAAAGAGGGUCUCAAGAGGACUGCCGCUUCUUCACUGUUAGCGCCAACGCUGGAAACGGCAAUGCCAACAACAACGCCGGUAAUGCCAACAACAAUGCCGGUAAUGCCAACAACAACGCUGGAAACGCCAACAACACCGGGAACGCCAACAACGCCGGUAACGCCAACAACAACGCCAAUGCUGGAAAGGCGAACAACAACGCCAACGCGGGCAAGGCUAACAACAAUGCUAACGCGGGCAAGGCUAACAACAACGCGGGCAAGGCUAACAACAACGCUGGAAAGGGCAACAAUGCUGCAGCUACUACAACGGCUGCCGCAGCUGGGAAGGCUACCGCCACUGCGGCAGCUAACGCCGGCGCGGGAAAGGCUAACGCUGGCGCGGGAAAGGCUAACGCCGGCGCGGGCAAGGCCACGGCUGGUGGCGCAAUUGCCGGCAUCGCGGCCCCGGCGGUGACGGACACUGGCAAUGCCGAUCGCAAGUUCGCUGUAAACGGUGACACCUUUGUCAACAAGGCGGCGGCCGUACAGCGGGCCUGCGCCAUCCAGAACAAUGCCUGCGCCGACGCCGUCAACUCGGGCAAGGCACAAGGGUCAAGCGUCUCCGACUGCAACGCACAGGAGCAGGCGUGCCGGACAGCUGGUGGAGCGUAA